AUGGAUGGUCCACCAGAACGACGUAACCGUAGUCGAGAUCACACAGCAAUACGCGGGUUUAAUUAUUUCAAAGGAAUCGUUUUAAAAACUCUGAUCAGGCAUCCAAAGAAACCCAAUUCGGGAAACCGUAAAUGUGCGCUAGUCCGUUUAAGCAAUGGCAAAGAAGUUUGUGCAUAUAUUCCAGGUGUUGGUCACAACUUGCAGGAACAUUCUCAGGUAAUGGUACGUGGUGGGCGCCGACGUGACCUUCAAGGUGUACGAGCAGAAAUAAUACGUGGUAAACUUGAUUGUGCACCAUUGCGUAAAGCAGUAAAGAAAGCGGCAGAGAAGAAAGCAAAGAUAUAA